CAUAGACGUCAAGGCCUUCCCGGAAAUGAAAGUCUAUUUGAGCCUGAUCAACGCUCAUGUGUUCCCACCACAGGUGAGUCUUGAAGAGUUGACACUGUGAAGGGAUGACCGUGACCCCUCCUUCUGAGUGAAGUGACCAUAGAUUCGUAUCAGUGCAGUAUCAGUGCACCAGAAGAGUUGGCGAAGUCCCACCUCCCCUCCUUUGGUAAUCCACUGCAGAAAUGACGACGUCAUCAUUUGAGUAAAAUUUGCCAGAAGAAGUGGAAAUCUGGAUGGUAAAGAACAGAUCGAGCUGGCUUUGACAUGGAUAUCGACCAGGUGCCACAUGGCAUCUCUCAGAUUGACCUUGCCUGGAUGAGGGAGCAGGCGAGGGAUGACUCGUCUCCUUCUGAUGAUGACUUACAGGAUGUGUCCGAUGCAGAAGUCAUGUUCGAUACUAUCACUGCCAGCUUUGAAAAGUCAUCAAUGUGCCCAAGGAUCAACAGCCACGAGUCGGUAUCACUUGUGUUUGAGGGGAAGAUCAUGGGUAGAGGAGAAAGAGUUACCAUCUUCAACGGCAGCAGCGCCCAACUCGGAACCCUCAGUCAACCUUAUGAUAUUCCAAUGGUAUCCAUCAUGGCUGAUGGCGUAGCAAGAGUUGAUGCUGUAACACUCGACCUUAAUGAGAACAGUAAAACGGUGCCUAUCCAGCUUACAUUAUACGGGGCUAUUGACAACAGAGACAGGUGCAAAACAAUCUUAAAAGCAGCUGAGGCAGCUUUUCGUACAGUAACCAAAGACAACGCCGGCAACAGCGUCGCCCAGGAACAACAUGUACCUACAGGUGUGACCACACAAGUCCCCAGUAACGUGGGUACAGGGAAUGCUAUUCCACACCCUGCAGCAGGCCAUGCAGCGUCACCCCUCGCUAGUCUGCAUUAUGACCCAUACAUACAAGUUGAUAGCCAUCGGCAGAAGUUAACACAGGAUGAGAUUAUCAGUGCUAUAGACCAGCUGUUUGAAACACUUAACGAAGGGGACAAGACAACAGAACGAGAACCAGUGGAGGCUGUGAGGACGCCCCUGUAUCCCCACCAGAAGCAAGCCCUUCACUGGAUGAUGACCCGGGAAAACGAGGAAAACCUGCCACCAUUCUGGGAGGAAACACCCAGUGGCCAUUACUCCAACAUACUUCUUAAUCACACAACAUACGAAAGACCACCUAGUAUCAGAGGAGGUAUUCUGGCCGAUGACAUGGGACUGGGAAAGACACUGGAGAUCAUUUCUCUGAUACUCACUAACUUUGUGGACAAUCGGCCACUGGCUCUUCCUGUGCCUGGAGUACCUCGAGUCAGAAGAGAAAAGGCUGUUUCAGAAAGUUACUCUAGAAUGGAACCAUCAGAAUCCAGAUCUAAGAGUGAAACCAGGGUUGCGGUCGCAAACAACAAUGAUGACAUGUUCCAGAGGUUGCAGUCAUAUCAUGAGUUCAUUGACCAGAUGGAUGAGGAGCAGCCAACAAAGAAGACAGCGUGUCCUACAAAGCUACGUUUUGGGAAGCCUGACAGUUCCAAUAUUGAGACCACAGGGACGGUGACAACAAGGCUUGAUGACAUGAGUGACGUGGGGAGCACGCCCGCCAACAGAACUAUCAAUAGCACCAUGCAGAGAAAGGCAACCAUUACAGAAUUAGUAGAGCCAACGAAUGGAAAGAGGAAAUGCUUAGUUACUGAAACGGAUUUAGUUAAUGAGAAGGAACUAUCGAAACAAAGAAAACUGCAACUUGACAGUCUCCAUUCAGAAUCAGGAUUUUCUGCUGUGUGCAAUGCACAGUCGUCCAUUCACACUGACGUAAUAAAUGUUGGCGUUUCAUCAGAUGUUGACAAACAGUCGAGAUUCAGUGGCAAUGUUGGUAGAAUGGAGGAUGAGGGUGUGGAUGCAUCACGUAAGAUCCAAAGCGACAUGUGUGGAGAGAAAUAUCAUUUUUACGAUGAACUGCCUGAUCUGGAGGACGAGGAGUUGUGUGAUGAAGGAUCUGGUGCCGAUUUUAUGACAGCUAAUCAUUGUGAUGAAAAAGGGCGAACUCUCUGUGAAAAAGGCGACCCACGUGGCACACUGAUUAUCUGUCCUCUGUGUGUCCUCAGAACCUGGCAGGAUCAGUUUGAAGAGCAUGUCCAUCCUAACAUCCACAUUGACGUUCACGUGUACCAUGGCUCGAAACGUUGUAAGGAUUCCAGUUUUAUUAAAUGCAAGGAUGUCGUAAUUACAACAUAUGGAAUUGUGCGCAGUGAAUUCAAGAAAUAUGUGAAAGGGGAGGAGGCCCCAGUGUUUACACUUAACUGGCUUCGCAUCGUCUUGGAUGAAGGACAUAUCAUCCGAAACCCAAGGGCUCUGCAAACAAAAGCUGUGCUUGCACUCAAAGCACAGCGCAAGUGGGUGCUCUCAGGUACACCCAUCCAGAACAGGAUGCUGGAUCUCUACCCGCUGGUCAGUUUCCUUAACGUGACGCCUCUCAAACAGAGGCACUGGUGGGACAGUUUGUUGGAGAAACCACUGCAACGUGGUAUCGAGAUUAUCUUUAAAAGAGUGCAACAUCUCAUGGAGAACAUCGCCAUGCGUCGUACAAAGAACACGCUCGUAAAUGGAGAGCCUCUUGUAAAACUGCCCAAGAGAGAAGUGUACAUGGAGCGAAUCAAGAUGUCGGACGAGGAGAGCCGGAGGUACAAGUUCCUAGAGGAGCGAGGGAAGAUCGUGAUAAAGCAACUUGUACGACACAAUGAAAUGGGUAGGAAAAACUACCUUGUCCUUGAGAUCAUCCUUCGUCUACGUCAAAUGAGUUGUCAUACCUACCUGGUGCCUCAGUCAUGGCUGCCACAUGAUGGCACAGAUGCAAAGAAUCGCGGUACGCUGGUGGACAGACUGCAGGUCAUCAGCGAGUCUGAUGAGGAUUGCUCUGUGUGUGUCGAAGUCCUGAAGAAUCCUGUUAUACUGCCGUGUACACAUUGCUUCUGUCGGCUAUGCAUCCUUUACACUAUAAAAUAUAUGGAGCAGACGAACAAGACUAAUGCUACAUGUCCUAUGUGCCGUGCGCCGAUAUCUCAAGAUCAGAUAAUUGAACUUCCAGCACAGCCAGAACCUCAUACCUAUGGCGACUGGAAGUCUAGUACCAAAGUGGACGCCCUGAUGAGAGCCCUGGUGAACCUGAGAAGUGAAGACCCAUCUGUAAAGAGUCUGGUAGCCUCGCAGUUCACCUCUUUCCUGACGCUCAUAGAAACGCCACUUAGAGAGCUCAAGUUCAGAUUUGUGAGACUUGAUGGCACAAUGUCUGUCCCACAACGCAUGGAAGCUGUCAAGAAGUUCUUUGACCCCGAGCCGGGAUCUCCCACCAUCUUCCUCAUCUCCAUAUGUGCGGGUGGCUUGGGUCUCAACCUGACUGCAGCGUCCAGGGUGUUCCUCAUGGAGCCGCAAUGGAACCCGGCCGUGGAGGAACAGUGUUUCGACAGAUGCCACCGCCUAGGCCAGACCAAAGACGUCAUCAUCACAAAGUUCAUCUCGGAGGACACUAUUGAGGAGCGAAUGUUGGACCUCCAGGAAAAGAAGAGGAGGAUGAUGCAGCAAGCUUUCAAGAAGCAACAGACGGCCACCGAGAGGAAGAAACAGAGGAUACGUGACCUAAAAGCUGUCAUGAACAUUGUGUGAUUGUAUCCAUGAUCGUCUGGAUAUAUUAUGCAUUUCACAUUUGAACAUUAAUCCACUGAAGACAGUUACUUUUAUGGUAAAGCUGGUCCUCUAAACAAUGCAACCAGAAAACAACUGCAGUAAACUAAGUUUUUAAGAAGGUACCACUUAUUUUAGUUCGUUAUGACCGUAGUAUGUUAAAAGCAUAUGUACAGCAGAAGGCCGAGGCCAAAAAAUACGUUCACUUUAUCCGCCAGUUGGUAAAAGCAUGUACGUUAUAAACAUUGUUUACAUUGCUUUGUACAAAUACAAAGAUACAAAAAUGUAAUUAAAUAUUAUGAAGUAUUUAAAUAUAUUGCAUUUUCAAAUUAUAGUCAAUAGACUUAAAUGCGUUUUUACUCAUCCUUCGAUACAUUCAGUAACCCUGAUCUCUAUUUAAUACAAAACAGCUGUAACACAUAAGAAUACCCACCCAACUUCAGUUCCUGUUCUCUAAUUAUAUACAUCCAACACAAUAGAAGUCUUAUGUCAAACUAUACAUAAUUACUAGUAUAUGCUACCGUUUUGCAAACAACUGGGAUCAUUACCAUUUGAGACUUAUUUAUGAACACAUGCUCAUGAUAUAGUCAGAAUCGUACAAUCAACUCUGUUUGAGCAGAGAUUUCUAUUGGAUGUGGAAAGGGUCUUGUCGUUUUAUUUACUGUAUUUUAUGCUUGUAAUACAUUAGCAAUGGAGAUUCCAAGAGAGAAUAGGUAGGAUCCCGGAUCCCAUACUCACCGUAUGACUUUAAUGACGAUAGGGUUCGGUGGUAACAGCGUGUACCUUUGCACAUUCUUCUCUAUUAACAGCACUGUGGCCCCGUUAUUCACAGGCCGACUCUGUGGUCUGGUGGUAGCGCGUCUGCCUGGAGAGCGGAAGGUCCAGUGUUCGAUCCCCGUCAUACUAAAUGUAGGGGUAGGAGAAAGCGAUGUAAUGAGAUAUUCUUAGUUGUAUGCACAGAACAUGUGUUUAUAUCUCCCUUUGUAAGAAAACAUGAUUUGUUGUGAUGAAAGCACGUGGUGGAGAAUUUGGCAAACUGCGAUGUUUCAAUGUAAAUGAAGAGGAACCAUGGAGUUCACGGAGUUAACGAUGAGUAGCUAUAUUUGAUGUGUGAUGUGCGAUGGCUCCCGUAUUUGACAUGCAUCUGAAUAAAUCCUCGAACUUUGAA